ACAGCGCCUGCGACAGCUUGUGACUACUCACUGUAACUGUACGUGUUGGCUCAAGUAUUUGACGAAAAUAAAAGAGCUUGUCAUCAUCGUGGGGCUGUUGAGUUUCUGGUUUUACUCACAGAAACUCGUUUUUUCGUACAGUUAAUAGCUCAUUUGUGCGCGAACUUGGAUAACACGAUUGGAUACUUGUCACCAUGGGAGGAAGACGCAGAGCGCCACUUGGAUCUGACGAGGACUACUCCUUUGUCAGUCCAAUUGUCAAGUACCUACUGUUCUUGUUUAAUUUUAUAUUUUGGAUCAUCGCCCUGGUGAUGGUAGCAAUCGGUGUGUACGCCCGCAUGAUGAAACAUGCAGAAGCAGCUCUAGCAAGUCUGUCAGUGGACCCCGCUAUAAUGCUGAUGGUCGUGGGGAUCCUCAUGUUCAUCAUCACCUUCUGUGGCUGUGUGGGCUCCCUGCGAGAAAACAUCUGCCUUCUGCAGACAUUCUGUAUCUGUCUGACAGUGAUCUUCCUGCUCCAGCUGACUGCUGGGAUCCUCGGCUUCGUCUUCUCUGAUAAGGCUCGGAAUAGAGUGACUAAGAUGCUCAAUAAUUCCAUUAUCCACUACAGAGACGACAUCGAUCUGCAAAACCUCAUUGACUAUGGACAGAAAGAGUUCGGCUGCUGUGGAGGUGUAACUUUCACUGACUGGUCCCAGAACAUGUAUUUCGACUGCAAGCCGGACAACCCCAGCAAAGAACGCUGCUCUGUCCCCUUCUCCUGUUGUAUCAUAGACAAAGACGAGAUGGUUAUCAACACCAUGUGUGGCCAUGACAUGCAGGAGAAAGAGUACACUGAAGCUGGAAACCAAAUCCACACCAAUGGCUGCAUAGACAAACUGGUGAACUGGAUCCACAGUAACCUGUUCCUACUGGGAGGCAUCGCCCUGGGACUGGCCAUACCACAGCUGGUUGGCAUCCUCUUGUCUCAGAUUUUGAUCAACCAGAUUAAAGACCAGAUCGAGCUCCAGAACUACAACCUGAAGCACAGCUCCGACCCCUGGAGAUGACCCCGGCCGGAUCAGACCAGAUUCUGAUGAGAGGCACCAGAAACAGGGUGACACCAGCGGAUGAGGGGAGAACAAAUGUCAUCUCUGGCUGGGUUGAGCAUUCAGUAUCAUUGCUCACAAGACUUAAAAACUCAAGAGUAUGCUGCCAGCAUGUGGACAAACCAUCAAUGUGCUUUCAAAUACUUGGCAUGGAAGUGGAGGUCAGUACACACAAAGGAACCCGCUGGAGAAACAGGAGUCUGUCGCCACCUCCUGGAUAUAGACCACGCUCAAAUUGACCAACUUUUUUUUACAGUAGUUAGUACCAAAGCAGAAGCAUAGAGGGUAUUUGGUGAUCAGGGUCAUAUUGACACGAUCAUCUUGAUGUUGAGAAAUGUAAUCAGUAUAGCUUUUUGUCAAAGGCACCAAAUAUGGGAAGUGGGAAUUAAUGCAUACCUUUGUUUUCUUUGUUUCAAUUGUAUCCAUGAUGCUGCAAAUGUUAACAAACUGAAAAGGGAAAAGCAUUUGUAUUGGUUUUGUAUAUGUUUUUAAAAUGACAGACAGAUUGUCUGAUGCAUGCACAGUAAUGUUGCUUGUAUCUGAUAUUGAUGUUGUUGAGGUUUGUUUCUAUUAAUGUGUACCUGAAAUAUGCAUAUUGUCAAUUUUGGAGUUGAAAUAUCUGUGUCAAAUAGAAAGGUCCGCCUACUUACAAUACUUUCACAAGCCUAUGUGUUUAAAAAAAAAAAGUAUUUACCUCUGGGCCCCAGAAAUACCUUUUACCCAUGAUACCAAAAAGGAAUAGUACAACAGUAUAAUAACCCUUUUGUACAUAGUGGUUUUAAAAGCUUUCAUUUGACUAGUAACUGUAAAGAUAAUGUUUGCACCAAUGGUCUGACUCUCCAAAAUAAAACAUGGCCAUGUGAGGCGACUGGUUGUCCUGCCGAGACCUGACACUGCCCAUGAUGUCAUUUCCUCCUCA